ACACCGACACCACACAACGUGGCCGUCACCGACUUGUCUUUCAAUUGUUCAAAAGUUCGUUCGUUCACAUCCUCCCGGAGAGCUCAUCUGGCCGCAAUAUUUCUUCCAAAGAUUGAAAUUUACUGGAUCCAUAUAUUAAUUCUUGUUUUAUCUUUUGCUUCUCACCUAAUUUUACCCAGAAUUUGUGUAUACCUCUAAACCUCGCCCGUGCGCAAUCGCUUUCAUAGUCAUCGCUGUUUCUCACUUCGACCGCGAUGACUCAAUUUGGCGAUUUCCAAACACUUUGCUCCCAGGUCCCGUCAUACACCUGGUGUAAUCUCUUUUAUCGCCAGUUACAACACAAUGAUCCAUCCGUUUUGGCUGGUCUAUCUCAAAACACUGCCUCCGCCCCGGUUGGUGUUAAUCCAGAGUGUGGGAUACCAAAAGUAAAUACCGACGGCUCUCUGGGCAACAUCGCCAAUAUCAUUGCUUGCGGUCUCAGUUUCUUCGUUGUCUGUGCUUUGAUAUACUUCACUGGAAGGCGCAAAGCAGCAGUCGGCCGUGUAGAACUGCGGAUAUUCUUCAUCCUGUACCUCUUAACUCUUCCCUUCCAGUUAAUCACGACUGGCUCCUUCAUUACCCAGGGCUCAACUGCCUUGGUUGUGCUUACUGCCCUCCAGGCUGGUCUUGUUGCUACAUUAUUCUGGACGUUGCUGGCCAAUGCCAUUGUAGCAACGCAAAUCGUGGAAGAUGGCACCCUGAGCUCAAUAGUACCCCUCGGCAUAUUAUCUCUCGCAUUCUUCGCUGCUACAACUUAUAUAUCCUUGGACGUCGGAUUCACUAUCACACAUGCACUUGGAACAUCAAAUCCACCCCAAUCUAUCAACAGUAUACCACUUUUUGUCCUCACUAGUAUCUGGCCAGGAGUCGCUGCUUUAGUCUAUUUCGGAAUCAUGCUGUACAUUGUCCUCGGCAUUCUGAACGAAAUCCGACCGGUGUGGUACUAUGUCAUCGCAGCCAUUCUCUUCGUGCUUAGCCAGCUCGACUACUUCUUACUCAGCAAAAUUAUAUGUCGAGGCUCAUCAAUGAAAGUUGACGGCUCGUUCAUCGCCACAAUACUAGAGACUGCAUGCGUAGUCACUCUCUACUUUGCAUGGCGAGGAAUCACAGAAGAGGACUGGGAUAACGAUCUCUACUACCAAUCAUGAUAUACACGAGUGCACUAAUGUUGUUGUGUUUGUGAUUUUCCCUCUUUAUACACGCGAUACAUGUUACUCUUCAGUUUACACGCCUCUCCUUGCGUCCUGCCUAUGUAUGGUCACCUAUUUCUACGCGGAGUUAGCGCUGGGCUAGUCGUGAGGCGCUUUGGGGGCAAGUUCUGGUUAAAAGAGGCAUUCCAGUGCCUCGUUGGUGCUUGGACUUGUAUUUCAGUGGGGUGGAUACCCGAAUAUUGUUGUGCUGUAAUAUCACCAUGAUAUAUAACAUUGAUGAUAAGGC